CUGGGACCCAGCCAUCAGGGGGAGAUCCAGUCCCUGAGGGAGGAAUCCAGACCUUGAGGGAUCUGCCCCUCUGGCUCUCUCCUCUCAGCUCCCCCCUGCUCGGAGCUGGGAGACCCCGCCGGACGGGACGUUGGCUCUCCUGGGUUGUAGGCACCUCAUGGACACCAUGCGCCUCCUGCUGCUAGCGCUCCUCUUCUUGUUCUCUUUCGCCAGAGCUGGAUGUGACCCCAAAAUCGUGAACAUCGGGGCCGUUCUGAGCACCAAUAAACACGAGCAGAUCUUCCGCAACGCCGUGGUCAACGCCAACAGGAGACACGGAACAUUGAAGAUCCAGCUCAACGCCACGUCCGUCACCCACAAGCUAAACGCCAUCCAGAUGGCCCUGUCCGUGUGCGAGGACCUCAUCUCCAGCCAGGUUUACGCCAUAUUAGUGAGUCACCCCCUGGCGCCCACCGACCAUCUAACGCCGACCCCCGUCUCGUACACCGCCGGGUUUUACCGGAUCCCUGUCAUCGGUUUGACGACGCGCAUGUCCAUAUAUUCUGACAAGAGCAUCCACCUGUCGUUCCUGCGCACGGUGCCGCCCUACUCCCAUCAGGCCCUGGUCUGGUUCGAGAUGAUGCGGCUCUUCGGCUGGAAUCACGUGAUCCUCAUCGUCAGCGACGACCACGAGGGCCGCGCCGCGCAGAAGAAGCUGGAGACCCUGCUGGAGGAGAAAGAGACCAAGAGUAAAAAAAGGAGCUAUGAAAGCCUCGACCAACUUUCCUAUGACAACAAGCGCGGACCCAAGGCAGAGAAGGUUCUACAUUUUGAUCCCGGGACCAAAAAUGUCACGGCGCUCCUCCUCGAGGCCAAAGAGCUGGAGGCCAGAGUCAUCAUCCUGUCCGCCAGCGAAGACGAUGCCACGACGGUCUAUAAGUCGGCAGCCAUUCUGGAGAUGACCGGCCCGGGCUACGUCUGGCUGGUGGGGGAGAGGGAGAUAUCGGGGAGCGCUUUGCGUUACGCACCUGAUGGAGUUAUCGGCCUCCAGCUGAUUAAUGGUAAGAACGAGUCGGCGCACAUCAGCGAUGCCGUGGCGGUAGCGGCGCAGGCCAUCCACGAACUGUUUGAAAAGGAGAACAUCACGGACCCCCCGCGGGGCUGCGUGGGAAACACCAACAUCUGGAAAACCGGGCCGCUCUUUAAGAGGGUGCUGAUGUCCUCCAAGUACCCCCAGGGGGUAACGGGACGCGUGGAGUUCAACGAGGACGGAGACCGGAAAUUCGCCAAUUACAGCAUCAUGAACCUGCAGAACCGCCAACUGGUCCAAGUCGGCAUCUUCAACGGAAGCCACAUCAUACAGAACCAGCGGAAGAUAAUAUGGCCGGGCGGAGAGACGGAGCGGCCCCCCGGCUACCAGAUGUCCACCAGACUAAAGAUCGUUACCAUCCACCAGGAGCCUUUUGUGUACGUGAGGCCCACGUCGGUGGAGGGCACGUGCCGGGAAGAAUACACCAUAAGCGGGGACUUGAUUAAAAAAGUUUUCUGCAACGGACCCAACACGACCAUCCCCGGACGCCCGACGGUGCCGCAGUGCUGCUACGGCUUCUGCAUCGACUUACUCAUUAAACUGGCCAAAGAAAUGAACUUUACUUACGAGGUUCACCUGGUGGCCGAUGGUAAAUUCGGGACUCAAGAGCGGGUUAAUAACAGUAAUAAGAAGGAGUGGAACGGGAUGAUGGGGGAGUUACUGAGCGGGCAGGCGGAUAUGAUCGUGGCCCCGCUCACCAUCAACAACGAGAGGGCCCAAUAUAUCGAAUUCUCCAAACCCUUCAAAUACCAGGGGCUCACCAUCCUGGUGAAAAAGGAAAUCCCGAGGAGCACGCUGGAUUCAUUCAUGCAGCCGUUUCAGAGCACGCUGUGGCUCCUGGUCGGGCUCUCGGUCCACGUGGUGGCCGUCAUGUUGUAUUUACUGGAUCGGUUCAGUCCGUUUGGUCGAUUUAAAGUGAAUACAGAGGAGGAGGAGGAAGAUGCCCUGACCCUCUCCUCCGCCAUGUGGUUUUCCUGGGGCGUACUUUUAAACUCUGGAAUCGGAGAAGGUGCCCCGCGGAGUUUCUCGGCCCGGAUCCUGGGCAUGGUGUGGGCCGGAUUCGCUAUGAUCAUCGUGGCUUCAUACACCGCUAACCUGGCUGCCUUCCUGGUGCUGGACAGACCAGAGGAGCGGAUCACCGGCAUUAACGACCCCCGCCUCCGGAACCCCAGCGAUAAGUUUAUUUACGCCACGGUGAAGCAGAGCUCGGUGGACAUUUACUUCCGCAGACAGGUGGAGCUCAGCACCAUGUACCGGCACAUGGAGAAGCACAACUACGAGAGCGCCGCCGAGGCCAUCCAGGCCGUGCGCGACAACAAACUCCACGCCUUUAUCUGGGAUUCGGCCGUCCUGGAGUUCGAGGCGUCUCAGAAAUGCGAUUUGGUCACCACCGGCGAGCUCUUCUUCCGCUCGGGAUUCGGGAUCGGAAUGAGGAAAGACAGUCCCUGGAAGCAGAACGUUUCCCUCAACAUCCUCAAAUCCCAUGAAAAUGGUUUUAUGGAAGACCUGGAUAAGACCUGGGUCAGGUACCAGGAGUGCGAUUCCCGCAGCAAUGCUCCAGCCACACUCACCUUCGAGAACAUGGCAGGCGUGUUCAUGCUGGUCGCUGGAGGCAUCGUCGCCGGCAUCUUCCUGAUAUUUAUCGAGAUCGCCUAUAAGCGGCACAAGGACGCCCGCAGGAAGCAGAUGCAGCUGGCGUUCGCCGCGGUCAACGUGUGGAGAAAGAACCUGCAGGAUAGAAAAAUUGGUAGAGCAGAACCUGACCCUAAAAAGAAAGCCUCUUUUAGGUCCAUCACCUCCACCCUGGCCUCGAGCUUCAAGAGACGUAGGUCCUGCAAAGACACGCAAUAUCACCCGACUGAUAUCACGGGUCAGCUCAAUCUGUCCGACCCCUCGGUUAGCACUGUGGUGUGACGGACAGGAGACUUUACUGCCUAAGGACCAACGCAUUUCACAUUGUAAAACUGGUAAGGACGUGGCCA